ACACGCAGAGUUACAAAAUAUUUCCCUCCACUGACAUUGUGCAACACACCACACUUCAUUGUACAAGCUCCAUGGACAACUUCCUGUGUGAUGAAUUGUCAAGCAAGAAGCCAAUUCACCAAAGUACACCUUUAACCUAGAACGUACUCCACGUUGCAAAUCAAACUACCAACGAGCUAACUCAGCCUUUCCAGUCUUGAGAGAAGUCCCUUGUAUCACAUGCUAUUAUUUCGGUCCACUAACUGCCAUUGUCAUGUAUCACAUCACCUCUCGCUCUACUCACGUCUGCCAGCGCAGUGGAUCACUUUUGUAUGUUCUAUCAAAACGGGAUCUCGUUCGUCGAGUCCAAAGUGUCAGCCGAAGAGCCUGAAGCAGCUCCAGGCAGAAAGGAGACAGUAGGAGGUCGAAUUUGCGUUCAGAAGCCACAGUGGGCCACUACGUCAACUAGUUCACUUGGGCACUGGACAGCAGCAAAGGCCAGGCUUCAUACGCCGACGUACAUCUACAAGUGUAUGUUUAGGUGACGCUCUUGUUAGGCUUCUGUCUCUGAGAGGGCAGCCAUUAUUCAAAGCUUUGAACGACUCUGUUAGGUUCUUGAUCUUCUGCAAGAAAGUGCCAAAACUGUAGUUGUAGUACUUUUGAAUCUUUUGACCUUCGCUUUAUUUGUUGAUGUCGACAAGUCAGCCACUGCAUUUGCGAGUCCAGCAACUCCUUGUUUGUUUCUUGCGAAUCAAUCUCCAACACCGCUGUACCGACCGGAAUGUGCCUUCAUUUUGGAAAACUCCGUGCAAAUCUUUGUGAAAGCUAGCAAAACCCUCUUGGAAACCUAGGAGUUUAGAUUUUGCGCUUGCUUCACAAGGCAGUUUCACUACUGUUUGUGGAUUUGCCCAUGUGACCGUUGUGUGUAAUCCCGCUUUUGCGCAUGCGUACUGGCGCAAAACUGCCAAGUUGAUGCAGCAUCAGGCUUGUCGUGGCCUACCUCUGCAUGAAGUGACACUUUCUUGCUGUAUGUAGUCUUUCAACAUUGCUGAAGAACGUGGGAAGGAAUAUCUGUUGCAUUCACUCGCCCGAUGUUGUAGUUCCUAUUUCAUUAGCUUCGCACUAUGGCGAAUAUGUCCAAUGUCCGGAGAGAGGCGAUCAAGCGUUGGACUGAUAAUUAUAGCUCUGACAGCUCGUCGAUCAAACCAGUGAACUCGAAUAAAUCCAAUUCUGAUCGCAAGAGUGUAGCCUUCCCUUCAGGUGUUGUGUUCCUGGCUGCUAGUCAGAGUGGUGACAUCGAGGAGACUGUCUAUUUGCUCAAAAAUGGUGCUGAUCCGAAUAGCAGUACUGCUGAUGGACUCACGGCACACCAUCAGUGUUGUAUAGAUGGAAAUUUAGAGAUGUUGCGCUCCCUUGUUGAGCAUGGAGCUGAUGUAAAUGCUAGAGACAACGAAGGUUGGACGCCACUUCAUGCAGCAGCAAGCUGUGAUCAGUCCGAAAUUGUAACUUUUCUUAUCGAACAUAGUGCUGACAUAACGGCCGCCAAUGCCGAUGGCCAGAUUCCGCAAGAUUUAUGUGACGACGAUAACGAGUGUCUAGUUCUGCUUCAAAACGCCGUCCGAGACCGAAACAUCGAUCUGGACCAUGCACGAAACGCCGAACACGAGUUGAUGCUUGAGGAUGCGAAGCGUGUUCGAGAUAAUGGAGUGUCACAUUGUGCAGAACCUCUAAGAUUUGGUGCGACUCCCCUUCAUGUCGCUUGUGCCAAGGGUUAUGACGAUGUGGUCGAAAUUUUGCUCGAGGCGGGCAUGGACGUGAAUCGGCGUGAUGAUGAUGGCUGGACCCCGCUUCAUGCAGCUGCUCACUGGAAACAAGAGCGAGCUUGUGAGCUUCUGGCGGACUAUGAUGCAGACUUCACUGCACUCUCCAAUCUUGGCCAGACUUGUUUGGAAGUUGCAGAUGCAGACCUCACAGACAGGCUUGAAGAGCUGAAGGAAGCCCAAAGUAAACGUGCUCCACGUCCUAAGAAAGCAAUGGCAACACCAGCAGCUGAGCCAGCAGUAGUGGACUUAUUAGAGAGAUCUGGAAGCAGUGCUGGAACUAGUCCAACGCUGGCAGGGAGAAGGGUCGUUCCACCAGAGGUUACUCCCGUUACAACGGCUCAAUCCACACCCCCGUCUAGUACUGUGAAAGCUGCAUUUGAUCGUCGUCCCUCCGUUGAAGACCUUCGUGCAAAGUUCGACUCGUCUAACAAGAAUGUUGCUUCAGCCCCAGCCUCAGCCACAGGUGCUAUUCCUGUGUUACAGAGUGGCGAGCAGCCUAAGCUUAACCGAUCACCAUCUUUAACGUCGCAAGUGAUAGUUCCUCCGGAUUACUCUACAAAUGAACCCGAGACUAAGCGGCGCCAAAAGGCGCGACGUAGCAGAGAAACCCGGCGUGUAACGCAGCAUGUACGUAUCGAAGACCUUCACGCAGCAGCGGGUGGUGCAGCAGCGUCACCGGAUGCAAUCUCGGACGAGGAUGGGGUAAGUCGUGAUGGUGAUGGAAUACCGUCAGAACAAACAGCGCCUGAGAAUGAUGAGCAUGUGGAAGCCGUUGAAGGAAGCCCUGCCGACACAACUGCUCCUACUACAAAUAACACAAGUGGAAGUAGCUCAACGGCUGCGCGCAUCAGUCAACUGAGCAAAGACUCAAAGAACAAGCGGCGGCCUACAAGACGUUCACGUGCGGAGCGGCGGCAAACUGGUGGUAUUACUCCUGCGGAUCUAGCCGGUUGGGAACAUUCUGCAAGUGAAGGUGAAGUGGAAACGGAGGGUGAGACUCCCGAGACUCCUGAAGUGGAAACAACACGAUCCAGAAGAUCAGCAGCAAUAUCUGUUGCUGAAUCCAGUGAGGAGCAAUCCCAGUCCACCGAUUAUUGUGUGUGUUCGGCGCGCCUGCUAACAUUAGAGAAGCAGCUCGAGUCAAUGUAUGAGACAUUUGACAAGGAUCGGAAUCGUGUUGGUGCAUUAGAGAAGGAGCUAAAGCAGGUGCGCGAAGAGAACCGAGCAUUGAUACGUGUCAUUGCCAAGCUGAGUCGAGCAUGAUUGUUGUCCUUACCCUAUCUUCCCUUUGUGUUCACCUUUGCCUACUAGUGUCUCCCUUUUGUUGUCUUGUCUGAACGCAUUUUUACAACUUUAAUUGAGCAUAACAGAAGAUGGAUAUAUUAUUAUUAUUAUAUUAAUAUUAUUAAUAUGUUAUUGUACCGCGCAACCUUCUUUUUUUCUGUCCGAUUUUCGUUUUGCUGUCUAUUAUUCUCUCGCUUUCUUUCCUUCUGUUUUUGAGUGCUGGUAGCCUGCUUGGAACAUUUAUAGACCUUUGUACAUACUGUACUGUAUUUUCUUUGCCCUGUUGCACUUGAGAAGCUAGAAACUUCUGAAAUAUAUUACCGGUAUUGUGCAUAAAUUGUGCAUCAAACAUCAA